AGCGGAGACCAAUAGGAAGGGCAGGAUGACAGAUACGGGGGCGGACCUCCGCCGUGAGGUCAUCAGGCGGCGCCGCGGAGCGGAGCUGUCCGUCGGAGAGGCCGGGAGCGGCAGGGCAGCCGGGGACCGCCGAGGGAUCACAGAAUGGAGGGGGAGGUCAGUUUAGAUUCUGUCUAUCAAGCUGUUCAAGCUUUGUACCAUCACCCAGAUCCACAGGGUAAAGAGAGAGCUUCAGCCUGGCUGGGCGAAUUCCAGAAGUCGAUGUUCUCAUGGCAGAUUUCGGACCAACUGCUGAGACUGCAGCGUGACAUCGAGUCGUGCUACUUCGCUGCCCAGACCAUGAAGAUGAAAAUCCAGUAUUCGUUUUACGAGUUGCCCCCUGAGAUGCACUCAUCGCUCCGUGACUCAUUGCUCACACAUCUGGAGAGCCUGAAGGACUUGUCCCAGGCCAUCGUCACGCAGCUGGCUCUCGCUGUUGCAGACCUCGCCAUACAGAUGACAUCGUGGAAGAGCUGUGUCCAGACGCUAAUUGAGAAGUACGGCAAUGAUGAAUCUGCUCUCCCAUUCCUACUGGAGAUUCUGACGGUGCUCCCAGAGGAGGUGCAUAGUCGCUCACUGCGAAUUGGUACCAAUCGAAGGACUGAGGUCAUUGAGGACUUGGCGUACCAUGCCAGUUUGGUGAUCGGCUUAUUGACAGCCUACAUGGAACGCUGCAGCCAUGAUGAGAAGUUGGUGAUUAAAGUUUUCCGAUGCCUGAUGAGCUGGAUUAACCUGGGCAUCCUGCAUACCGACCACAUUGCCAACAGCCAGCUACUAGUGGCCCUCUUCCAGGUCCUUAGGCACAACCAGACGUCCUCAAACCUGCAUGAGGUCGCUAGCGACUGUGUGUGUGCAGCACUGUAUGCUGUUGAAGGCUUGCAAGAAAGUCUACGCCUGGCACUGCAGUUGCAGGAAGGAGUGAUGGCACUUGAGGAGGCUUACCACAAUGCGGUUGCCUGUGAAGAUAUGGACAAGGCACUGAACUAUUGCCGCAUUUUCACUGAGCUGGCAGAAACGCUACUUGAGAUGGUUAUCCGCUCACCGGGACAGGGGCUGGGUGACCUUAAAACACUUAACCUCAUCUUGAACUGUGUUGGACAUGAGCAGUAUGAGGUGGCGGAGAUCACGUUCAAUUUCUGGUACCGACUGGCAGAAACUCUCCACAAAUUGAAGGAUCCCUCGGUGAAUCAGAUUUUCAGGCCAUACUUCCAGAGACUCACUCAGUCUCUCACCUUCCACUCUCAGAUGGACCCUGAUCACGAAGGAGUUCUGGAUGAGGCAGACGAUUUUUUCGAGUUCAGGCUGCGUGUUUCCGACUUGCUGAAAGAUGUUAUAGUCCUCAUUGGAGCCUCAGAGUUUUUCCUGCGGUUGUAUUCAACACUGAAGGAGGGCAGCCCAGCCUGGGAGGAGACAGAAGCUGUGCUCUUCAUCAUGACUGCGUUGGUCAAAAACUUAAACCCGGAAAAGGAGCUCCGGCUGGGAGAUGUUGUUCAGGCAGUGAUCAACCUCCCUGACAAUACGCACCUAGCAGUGCAGCAUUCUGGAGUGCAGCUCCUGGGGGAGUUGGGAGAAUACAUCAACAGUAACGUGCAGUGCCUAGAGCCGGUGCUGAAUUUCCUGACCCAACGUUUGAAGCAGAAGGAGCUGGCGAACGCUGCGGCCAAUUCGAUCCAGAGCAUCUGUGCCAUGUGCAGUGACCCGAUGACGCGGCACUUCGAGGGGCUGCUGCAGGUUGCCUCCUCGUUGGAUGCUCUCCCCAUUUCUCACGACUCCUCCAUCGGACUUCUCCGAGGCAUUUCUUUGGUGUUGGCUCGGAUGCCUUCAGAGAAGAUCGAAGAGACCUUCCAACGCCUCUGCUCCAUGCAGGUUACUGCUCUAAAGAAACUCUUGACGUCUGACAUGACCAAUGGAAUCUCAGCAGACCCUGCCGUGUGGUUGGAUAGACUCGCAGCUAUAUUCAGGCACACAAACGCUACUGUUGUGGAGGGGAGGCCACACCCCUUUCAGAAAGUCAUCCAGGAGAUCUGGCCAGUGAUUUCUGAAACCCUGUACAGGCAUCAGGCUGAUAAUCGGAUGGCAGAGCGAUGCUGUCGUUGCCUGCGCUUUGCGAUCAGAUGUGUGGGUAAAGGAUCUGCUAUGUUGAUUCAGCCUCUGGUGUCUCAGAUGGUGAGCGUGUACCAGUCGCACCAACACUCCUGUUUCCUGUAUCUGGGUAGUAUAUUGGUGGAUGAAUAUGGCAGUGAAGAGAGCUGCACGCAAGGUCUGCUUGAGAUGAUGCAGGCAUUUUGUGGGCCAACAUUCCAUCUUCUAGAACAACCUAGAGGAUUCCAGAACCAUCCUGACACUGUAGAUGAUCUUUUUCGCUUGGCAACAAGAUUCAUUCAGCGAAGCCCAGUGGUCUUAAUCCAAAGCCCAGUCAUGUCUUUGAUCAUCCGAUGUGCAUUGGCGGCAACAACACUGAACCAUCGUGACGCAAACUCCAGUGUGAUGAAGUUCCUGCAGGAUCUGGUUCAUGUGGCAACAAUCAAUGAGCAUAAGGAAGACUUUGAGCUCCGAAAGAACCUGGUGCACGGAUUCCUGGGGGAGAGUGGAGCACUGCUGGUUGCACAGCUCGUACAGGCCUGCUGCUUCUACCUGGUGCCAAGCAUGCUUGGAAACGUGGCAGACGUCAUGUGGGAACUCCGCAUUUUUGACCGGAAGACAUUCUGUCAGUGGCUGGAAGAUGCUCUCAAGAGUCUCCCAAAGGAACUGUCGGCCGGGGCUAUCACAGCUACAGAAAAGCAAGUCACAGAGUUCCACAAGCAGGUUAUGUGUGCUGAAGAUGCUGCAAUGAUAGGUUGGUCCUUAAUGGAAUUCUCUGGCUUCUAUAGAUAGCGUCGGGACAUAACUACAGAAUUACAAUCUUUGUACAACAUUCCUUUCCAGCACAGACAUCAUGGGAGGAUUAAAUUGGUUGGUGCUCGGUAAAUGACUGGAAAGACAACGAACAAACAAGCAGCAGAGCACAUUUUCCACCGGAAGGGCUUGUCUUGCUGCUGGUGUGGGAGGGAGGGGGGAGGGCGCACGUGAGGUUAGAGGGCAGAUGUGAUCCAACUAUCACGGCUUCAGCAGCAAGAGGGUGGGAGAAGUGGGGUCUUGUUUGUCGUACAUCUGAUCAAUUCAUCAGUUGUUCCAUUGCACCUUGUUUUAAUUUUGGCAUCUGAAAUUUGAACACCACUUCCAAGGCAGAGAUGGACUCUUUCCUGUUGAUUCGCCCUAGGGCAGUUAUUGUGGAAACCGUUCAGCAUUCACUCAAAAAAAAAGCACCAAGAAUUAAUGCUUUAAACAAAGUGCAAAUGUGUCAUAACACUUGCUGACAAGCUGCACAUGGUGUUGAGCAAGGGGAGCAUAUUUUAAACGUAAAUACCAUUUGUUUUAUGACCAAAUGUGACCUACUAGCACCAGUUUGUCAACUUGAAUUCGCUCCAGUUGACCAUUUUGCACCAAUAUUAUUAGUUUUAAACGGGAGCCAGCAAAUCAAUGAUUGCCACUGCCCUUAAUCAGAGCUAUGUGUCUGAUUAAAUGCCUGGCCCAAAGUAUGCACAUCACUCACCUAACCCAGCCUACCAAUUCGAGCAACAGCUUGACUACGUGAGCUCCGCUUCCUUCUUAAAGUCAGGAGGUCGUGGGUUGAAGCACACUCUCGGACUUGAGACUGAUGGUCCCAUACAGUAGGAGUGCUGUCUGGUCGAGGUGUCGUGUCAAACUCGGGUCCAUGCAUUACGGAUUCACGAAUCAGAAAUUAAAAUUAGCUCCUAAUAUGAGUCCAGUGUUCCACCUCCAAACUCAACCAUCUCCAUUUCAUUUGCUGCAUGCAGGACAUCUGUGAGCAAGGUAACUAACUGCUGUUUCCCUACAUGAGUGAUCAACUUGUUUCAAUUCCAAGAAUGAGUCCUUUCUGAUGGCUGAACAAUUGCAGUGUUGUUCCUGCUGUCUGGGUGCAGUGGUUGCUCCGUCUCCCUGUAACCUUCCUGCUGCAAAAGCUGAUCCAGUUUGAUGAGAUUUCAAGGGCAAACAUCUGUCUCAUAGAUUAUUUACAGGAAAUGUGCUGCCCUCUUGCACUCCCCAACAUUAUUCUCCUGCAUCACGAGGGAAAGUAAUUUUUUUAAGCGCCAUCAUUGAGAUUGUUACAAUCUGUCCAGGUCUACAGAACAUGCAAAGGAACUGAUCAUGACAUAAACAGGCACCUAUUAAAUUUAUUUUUUUAAACAUAGCUCAAAGCCAGCUCUUUACCCAGGUGAUGGCCAUACAAGUUAUUGGGAGAAGGCUAGCAGUGUGGCUGCACCGAUCACAGUAUGAGCCUGUAUGAGAUCAGUGGUGGGAGAGAGCAUACAAUGUCACAGUGAAGUUAUGCUCGGGUGAGCACUGGGAAGGAUGGUUUUAUACAGCAGCAAUGCUGUUUGAAGACUGGGGUAUUUUGAAGGUGUUGUUUGGACCCCUCAGGCCUGUCCCUAUGCAAGUUCUGGCUUAUAAUAUUGCCGGUGGAGGACCUGCAUAGCACUACUGAUGUGGGCACUCAACAGGAUAAUGCAUAUGGUAAGCCCCGGGCUUGUGUUUGUUUGUAGAUGCUGUUGCCAAAACCAAGGAGUGUAGAUCUUGAUUCCUGUUGGAAGACCAAAAGGUGCACAGCUGUCAGCAAGGAUUGGGUCCAACAUUUGUUGGACAUUGACAUCUAAAUGAGUGUCAUCACAACAACCAACACUGAUGUGGUACUGGUUUCCCAGCUACUGCCCAUUGCUGCCACACCAAGUAAUGGCUGUAACUUGAGAGCUAGGCCCAUUACUCAGAGGGGAAUGUGACCCCCCCCUAUCCUGUGCUGGUUUUGGGAUGUGGUGGUGGGGUGAAUGGGAUGGGAGUUUUGGGGGGUGGGGGGGUGUGCGGUGUUCAGUGCACCAGAAGUGAUGGGACAUUCAGGAUGUGCUUGGAACCCCAUGUUUAGGAGCCACAGUACAUACUGGUAAGUGUAGGCAGUAAAGGAUAUGGAGAUCAGUGAUCAGCCACGCGUAUUGAUGCUCUGGUAAAUGGCACCUGAUCUGUGAAAUAAUAGAAUCUGCGAAGCUGGUGACAGGUUUUAAGAGUUUUUUUAAAUAACCGGCUUAAAUUCAAAACAACUAUUUUUUCAGUUUUGCAGCAAUUUAAAAGAAAAACAAAUAAAUGGUGUUUGGUGUA